AUGAAACAAAAUGGCUGCUUUUCACGUGAAAGCGAAGAAACCAUGGAAAAAUGUUGAUUUACAGUCAGCAGGGAUUUCACAGAAAGAUCUAGAGGGUUUAAUAAGUUUACAGGAGUUGACAGAUUAUGAAAUAGUAGAUUCCACGAGGAAGACAGGGCAGAAAGGAGGAAAGGACAAGUUACAGGUUUUUAAAGAGACAAACAAACUUAUUGCUACUGCUGGAACUGAUCUGCAAACAAAUAAAAAAAAAGAUGGUAAACAACAGAGAAAGAAAGAUAAAAGAGAAAAAAAUGACGGAAGCUCUGAAAAAGAUAGAGUUCUUCAAAGGAAAGGAAAAAAGAUGCAAAAUAAAAUGUUGAAACAGAAAAAGAAAUUGCAGAACAAGACACUGUUAGAAGGGAAGUUGCAGUAUGUCGAGGAUUUAAAUGAAAUAAUGUUGACUGAAAGUACAGAGUCUAAUAAGCAAGACAGCAAGCAGAAAACAAAAAGAACAGGAGUGAAAAGAAAAAAGACUGACAAACUGGAUGCAAAUGAAGAUUUAUCUGCAAAGAAGGCUAAAUUGGAAACAUCCGCUGAACAGAACACAGAGGCAGUUAUUAAACAUGGCAAGCAUUUUGAACCUGCUGAUAAAUCAUUGAAAGGAAUGGAAGCCUGGAAGGAUUUGUUUGUGCCAAAAGAGAUAUUGUGGGCCCUAAAGAGCCAGGGCUUUAAAGAGCCUACACCAAUACAGAGUCAGAUCCUGCCAUCAGCUAUCAGAGAUAAAAUGGAUGUUGUUGGGGCUGCAGAAACUGGUAGUGGAAAAACUCUUGCAUUUGGGAUACCAGUUUUGCAUUUUAUAUUACAACAGAAAAAGCAAGAAGCAGACAGACUUUUACAAGAUGUUGAUGAGGAGGAAGAUGAAUCAUUGUCUGACAUUGAAGAUGAUUCAAAUGAAAAAGAUAAAGAAGACUUAGAGGAAGAAGACGAUAGUGCUGAUAGUGACAAUGAUUCUGGUAAUGAUGAUGAUGAUGAUAAUGAUGAUAAUGAUGAUAAUGAUGAUGAUGCACAAACUGAUGAAGAUAAUGUAGGGGAAAGCAAUAUGGUUAGAGAUAGUGUUGAUGAUGAUGACGACGAGGAUAUAGAGGAAAAUGUUGAGGUAGAUGAUGGUGAUGAUGGAAAGACUGAAACUUCAGGAGAAGUUGCUGAUAAAGAAGUGUCUUUAGACGAAGAACUAGAAGAAUUGCAGAAUGAUGAUAUUGGAUGUGUUAAGGUGAUAAAAGAUGUAGAUUUUAGCUGGCUGAAGGAACCAGAGGUGAAGAAACAGGCAGCAACACAUCCUCCUGCACUUAUACUUGAACCAACUAGAGAACUAGCAAUACAAGUUAGAAACCAUCUCCGUGCAGCUGCACAGUACACAGAUAUAUCAGUAGAAGCUAUUGUUGGUGGACUAGCAAUGCCUAAACAACAAAGAAUUCUGAAGAAAUGUCCAGAUAUACUUGUUGCUACGCCUGGUAGACUUUGGGAGCUUGUACAACAGGGUGAAGUAUACUUGUCAGAGAUAGAGAAAACCUGCCACCUGGUGGUAGAUGAGGCAGAUAGAAUGACAGAAAAAGGUCACUAUGAGGAGCUUGCCAAACUGCUUGAGAAAAUGAAAAGAGACCCAGAUCGGCAGAAUCGACAUACUUAUGUGUUCUCUGCCACUCUCACUUUAAUCCACUCUGGGCCUCAGAGAAUAGUGAAGAAAAAGAAGAAAAAAUGGGAUGAAAAACAGAAAUUGACAUAUUUGAUGAGGAAGAUGGGAUUAAAGCCAAAACCAAAGGUAGUAGAUAUCACAAGGAAGGUUGGUACAGUGGAAACUCUGACAGAGGCAAGAAUUAAUUGUACCAAGGAAGAAAAGGAUGUCUAUCUGUAUUACUUCUUGAAACAUUACCCAGGCAGGACCCUGGUUUUCACUAACAGCAAAGAUUGUAUACGUCGUCUGGUGUCGAUAUUUACUUUACUCCAGUGCAAACCAUUACCACUACAUGCUGACAUGCAUCAGAGACAGAGAUUGAAAAAUCUUGAUAAAUUUACUGGUAAUCCCUCAUCCUUGCUGAUAGCAUCAGAUGUUGCAGCACGUGGUCUUGAUAUACCCAAUGUACAGCAUGUGAUACAUUACCAAGUUCCCCAUACAGUAGAGAAUUAUGUGCAUAGGAGUGGGCGAACAGCUAGAGCGAGUAAAGAAGGUCUCAGUAUCAUGAUGAUUGGACCAGAUGAUGUAAAAAAUUAUCGUAAAGUUAUUCGUACUCUCAAUAAAGAUGAAGAUUUGCCAUUGUUCCCUGUAGAGCAAAACCUUGUAACCGAGGUAAAAAGACGAGUUAACAUGGUGCGACAGAUUGAAACUCAGGAAUACAGGUUCAAGAAGUCCAAGAGGCAUAAUGAUUGGUUCAGAAAAGCAGCAGACGAGAUUGGUGUGGAUAUUGAAGAUGAAGGACUUCUAGAUGACCUUGGAGAUGACGUAGAGCAGCAGCGACACAGCAAGUAUUUAAAGCAGAUGAAAUCAGAGCUUGCUGUUCUGUUAAAACAACCACUUUUAAUAGGCUCAUCUUUCACCAAAUAUCCAACAAUGUCUGGAAAACUAGUCACACCCCCUGCCAGAGAAGAAAAAGGAGAUGCUCUUACUCGUGUGAAAAAGAACAAGAAGAUACAUAACGUGCAGCCAGAAAGCACAGAAGGUUCACAGAGUAAAACAAAAAGGAGAAGAGAAAGAAGAAGGAAGACAAAGUUGAAGAAAAAAGAUAUUGACAAGACUAAAAAUUCAUAGAUAGCUUAUUCGCAAGAGACAUCUGUUAUGAAGAUAAAAACAAUCUAUAAUUGUUAAAUGUUGAUGUUUUGUCUAAAUAGAUGCUUGAUUAAGUAA